UGUGUAAUGCCAGGAAGUCCAGACAGUUUGCUUUUGCCACCAAAUCUAUUCAAUGGAUGAGGAACUGGUACGUGCGAACGCUUUACUGCGCCUUGGUCACUUUUUGUAACUUUUACAACUUUUAGUUGUCGGUCGUGGUAUUUUAACUGGUUAUAAAGUUGUUCAAUUGUGUUUCUUUCGAGCGAAACUGGACGAGACGCUGACUUGAGCUGUGGUCAGUGUAUGGCUAUUUUCCCAACCCUCCCAGUUUGAAAUCAAUAAUCGCGUUUCUGACAUUUUGAGUCUGACAUGGCAGGUUUAACAAUACAGCACCUGCCUGCGGGCCGGUUGGACGGGGACAUCCUGGACCCGGAGUUCCAGCAGCGGCUGGAAGACGCACGCACCCUGCUGAGGCAGGAGAUCCAACGGGAGCUGAAGAUCAAGGAGGCGGCCGAGAGGCUGCGGCGGGCUGUUACUAACCGUAAGAGCGCCGCCGAAGUGGAGGGCCAGCUGAGGGCGUCGAGCCGCAAGCUGGAGCAACUGCACUGGGAGCUGCAGGAGCUCAACACCCGUGCCAUCACCCCCAAGCCCCAGAAGGACAGCCCCACAGAUGGCAGCACGUCGCCUGACCCAUGUCGCUGGGAGGAGGUGACAUCCCCACUUGCCGGGCGCAUCUGUGCCCUGAAGAAACAGCUCACCAUGGAGACCAAGGUGAAGCAGGGGGCCGAGAACAUCAUCCAGACUUACGUCAGCAGCUCCGUCAAGGACCGUAAGAUGCUGUCCAUGGCCCAGCAGAUGCUUCAGGACAGCCGCACCAAGAUUGAGCUGCUCCGCAUGCAGAUUGUCAAAGUCACCCAAGCUAGAGAGGGGGAGCGGGAAGCCACAGAGACAGACGGCCGUCCCUCUGAGACUAUCAGUCCUCUAGAGCUGCGGGUGGCUGAGCUACGGCAUCACCUGAAGAUCGAGGCUGCUGUGGCAGAGGGGGCCAAGAAUGUGGUCAAGCACCUGGGCGGGCGCAAGGUGCAGGACCGCCGCGCACUGGCAGAGGCCCAGACAAGGUUGCAGGAGUCGAGCCAGAAGCUGGACCUGCUGCGUCUGUCUCUGGAGCGCCGUCUAGCCGAGCUGCCCGGGGACCACCCCAAACUGUCUGUUAUCAAGGAGGAGCUCACACUGGGUGCCUCCUCGCCCUCCCUGGGUCUGCAGCUGGAGCGCCUCAACUCCACCUCUUCCUGUUCGUCGUCCUCCUUCUUCAAACCUGCCACUCUCACAGGUCGGUUGGAGGUGCGUCUGAUGGGCUGCCAGGACCUGCAGGAGUCAGUGCCAGGUCGGUGCCGCAUGGCCUGCAUCACCUCCACCCCCGGCAGCCCCUCCGAAGCCAAGUCCCUGAAGAUGAGGGCUGGUCUCUCCGGACGCAGCACCAAUGGCAAAAUCACCAAGACCGAUGAGCUCUCCACGGAGAUAAUUGCGGUGCUGAAGGUGGACAACAGGAUGGUGGGCCGGACACACUGGAGAGCCCUGAGCAAGGAUGCCUGGGACCAGAGCUUCAGCAUCGAGCUGGAGCGGUCCAGGGAGCUGGAGAUUGGGGUGUACUGGCGGGACUGGAGGGCUCUGUGUGGGGUCAAGUUCCUACGUCUAGAGGACUUCCUGGACAACCAGCGCCACGGCAUGUGUCUUUACCUGGAACCCCAGGGCAUGCUGUUCGCUGAGGUGACAUUCAUCAACCCUGUCAUUGAGUGGCAUCCUAAACUUCAGAGACAGAAGCGCAUAUUCCCUAAAGAAAAAGGGAAGAAUUUCCUGCGGGCGGCCCAGAUGAACAUGAACUUUGCCACGUGGGGGCGUCUGAUGAUGAGUGUCCUGCCCCCCUGCAAUGGUUCCUUGCAGGCCAUGAGCCCCCCACUGGUGGGCUCUGACAUGGCCAUCACCUCGCCCCCGUCCAUGGAGAAGAUGGCCAAGUCCACCCCCCCUCUAAGAGAUUCUGCUGUGGUGAAAUUGGACUUCAGUGAGGAACGCCCCAACAAUUCCCUGCAGAACAAUGUGGGGAAAACUCUCGCAUCAGAAUCCAUGUGGCAAACCACUCUCUCUCAGUCCUCCAAAGGUCAUUCAACAGAGGAUAACAGGCCAACGCCCAAGCCAAAGACUGUAUCUCAGCCUACUCCUAAGAGGGAAGUGAAUGGUGGGAUGCAAAUGGAAGAUUUCAACUGCGUCUCGGUUCUGGGGCGAGGACACUUUGGAAAGGUCUUGCUGGCAGAGUUCAAGAGGUCAGGCAAACUGUAUGCCAUCAAAGCCUUGAAGAAAGGGGACGUCGUGAUGCGUGAUGAAGUGGACAGUCUAAUGUGUGAGAAGAGGAUCUUCGAGACGAUCAACUCCUCCCACCAUCCCUUCCUGGUGAAUCUGCACGGCUGUUUCCAGACGGCGGACCACGUGUGCUUUGUGAUGGAUUACUCCCCCGGGGGAGACCUCAUGACCCACAUACACACCAGCAUCUUCACUGAGAGACAGGCUCAGUUCUAUGCCUCCUGCGUGCUGCUGGGACUAGAGUUUCUGCACCAGAACAAGAUAGUUUACCGUGAUCUGAAGCUAGACAACCUGUUGAUGGACGCAGAUGGUUAUGUGAGGAUAGCAGACUUUGGAUUGUGCAAGGAAGGUAUGGGUCAUGGAGACCGCACCUCCACGUUCUGCGGCACACCAGAGUUCCUAGCCCCUGAGGUGCUGACAGACAACAACUAUACCCGCUGUGUGGACUGGUGGGGCCUGGGUGUCCUCAUCUACGAGAUGCUGGUGGGAGAGUCUCCCUUCCCUGGUGACGAUGAGGAGGAGGUGUUUGACAGCAUAGUGAAUGAUGAGGUGCGCUACCCCAGGUUCCUCUCUCCAGAGUCUGUCUCCAUCACCCAGAAGCUUCUACAAAAGAACCCUGAGAGAAGGCUGGGAUCAGGAGAGCCGGAUGCCAACGAGGUCAAGAAACACAGGUUCUUCCAGGGAGUGGACUGGGCGGCCUUGCUUCACAAAAAAGUGGUUCCUCCGUUCUUCCCGCGCAUCAGGACGCCGGGGGACGUCAGUAACUUUGACGAGGAGUUCACAAAGCUCAAGCCAGUCCUCACCCCCCCACAGACACCCUACUUUCUCACUGCAGACCAACAGGAGAUCUUUGCCGAUUUUUGACUUUUCCCUCUCUGCACUGACCUUUUUAAACAUACACUGACGGAUGGACAGACCGGACUGAAAGCCAAAACGGUUGCUGCUCCACUGAAGAUGUUUCCUCUACUUCAUUGUGUCAAACGGCUACCUGUGGCUGAAUGAGUACUGACGACACAGGCUAUCGUGAUGUCCUCUUGGGUAGCCAUCUUAUCUUCAGGUCCAUUACUGUUCAUAUGCUCCGUGGGUGAUGAGAACUCCACCUGUACCUCUACAGCCAAUCAGAACUGGGAGCUCGGCCUGCCUUGUUCAAAUCUGGAUUGGUAUG